UCUUCUUCAGUGCUCUUCUCUGCUGCAGGCCUCACCAGGCUCACCGUGUCCUCCAUCAUGGCCUCCUACAGCUCCUCUGCCCACACCGCCUCCUCCUACCGCCGCACCUUCGGCCAGGGCACCUACGCCUCACCCACCCUCAACCGCUCGCUGCUGGGCCACAGCGGCGGCUCUGGGGGCCACGCCGCCUCCAGGGUCUACGAAGUGAGCCGGACCAAGUCGACGCCGGCUUACCGCGUCUCCUCCAGCUACUACGGCGGGCCCCAGGCGUCGUCGAGGGCCUCCGUGGCACGCUCCUACGGCGGCAUGGGCGAGACUCUGGACUUCAGCCUGGCCGACGCCAUCAACCAGGAGUUCCUGACCACGCGCACCAACGAGAAGGCCGAGCUGCAGCACCUGAACGACCGCUUUGCCAGCUACAUCGAGAAGGUCCGCUUCCUGGAGCAGCAGAACCAGACACUGGCCGUGGAGGUGGAGCGCCUGCGCGGCCGCGAGCCCACGCGCAUCGCCGACCUGUACGAGGAGGAGAUGGGCGAGCUGAGGCGGCAGGUGGAGCUGCUGACCAAUCAGAGGUCACGCAUAGAGGUGGAGCGGGACAACCUGGUCGACGACCUGGACAAGCUCAAAUUCAGGCUCCAGGAGGAGAUUAUGCAGAAAGAGGAUGCAGAGAACAACUUGGCUGCUUUCAGGGCGGACGUGGACGCUGCCACUCUGGCUCGUCUGGAUCUGGAGAGACGCAUUGAGACGCUGCAGGAGGAGAUCGCCUUCCUGAAGAAGAUCCAUGAAGAGGAGAUCCGCGAGCUGCAGACGCAGAUGCAGGAGACUCAGGUUCAAAUCCAGAUGGACAUGUCCAAGCCGGACCUGACGGCGGCACUGAGAGACAUCCGAGCACAGUACGAAGGCAUCGCCGCCAAGAAUAUUGCGGAGGCCGAAGACUGGUAUAAGUCCAAGGUGUCUGACCUGAACCAGGCGGUGAGUAAGAAUAAUGAGGCACUGAAGCAGGCCCGGCAGGAGACCAUGGAGUUCAGACACCAGAUCCAGUCCUAUACCUGCGAGAUCGACUCACUCAAAGGCACCAACGAGUCCCUGAUGAGGCAGAUGAGGGACAUGGAGGAGCGCCACGGACGCGAUGCCGGCGGCUUCCAGGACACCAUCACCCGGCUGGAGACGGAGAUCGCCAACAUGAAGGACGAGAUGGCGCGCCACCUCCGCGAGUACCAGGACUUGCUCAAUGUCAAGAUGGCGCUGGACGUGGAGAUAGCCACCUACAGGAAGCUGCUGGAAGGGGAGGAGAGCAGAAUUGCCUUGCCUGUGCAAAGCUACUCCACCCUGAGUUUCCGAGAGACCAGCCCUGAACACCAGCAGCGGGCCUCUGAGAUGCAUUCAAAGAAAACCGUUCUUAUCAAGACCAUCGAGACCCGGGAUGGAGAGGUCGUCAGCGAGUCAACGCAGCACCAGCAAGACAUCAUGUGAUCCCCUGCAGAACCUAAAGAAGAGAAGAAACGAAAAGAAAAAAAAACUCCUUCCACAUCCGUCCUUCCCCCUGAGAUGGACAGAUGAAGAAAACAAAAGCAGAUGUGCAAAUAAAACUAGACAAGAAGACAUUACAAACUCCUGAUUAUGGCCUGUCCUGUUGUUCAGUCCAGUCCAGUAUCACAGUAACUUGACUAUCCAGUCAAGUUACUGUGAUAUGUGAAUUUAGAGCAGGGUGGGGGCUGGAUACAACGUACAUGUACAUGUAUGCAGCUAAAUGGCUGCACAGGUUGCUUUUAUUAAUGAUAAACCAGAAUUUCUUAACCUGUUGAACUUGUUGAAAGAAGAAAAACUUUGCUGUAGUCGAAUCAAACAAAGGACUUUUACAAAUAAAAACACUGAUUUGAUGCGAUGAGUAAAUCCUCAACUGCAGCAUUUCUGUUUAGUACCAUUUUUUUUUUUAAAUCACAGAAGUGUGCAUAUAGAUCCAAAUCAGAAGGCAGUCAAGUAUACCAAUUUCUUCUCUUUGCACUUGAUUCACUCUCUGCUUAUGUUCAUACACAGCUGCAGUUUCUGCUGUUCCUCAAGGUCAAAGUCACCGUCUCAUCCAAUCAGGGGCAUUUUCGAGAAUGAGAUGGGCUUGUGCAUGUGCCUGUGUUUUUGUGCUCGUCAAAGGGGCGCAGAGAGGACAGAUCAAAUAAGGAGAUGGCAGGGGCGAUGAAAAGAUGUCUGGAGGAGCUAGAGCUAGGAAGAGAGGUUGUGCAAAGUAGAACAUUCUAAGAAAGAGGGUGAUAAAGAGAGAGAGAAGGAGGAGGAGAUUAUCCCCCUGUGACUUUCAAAAAACAUUGAUCAAUAAAAGCGAAGUGGAUUAAUGUUCCA